CGGGAACGAUGUCGUCCUAUGGCCAACUGCUCAGCGCCCGCUGCUCUUCGCCCUGCGAGGUGAUGUGUAGCCAACCCUACGUCGACGCCUGCAGCGAGCCCUGCGUCGCUUCCUGCGGAGAAUCCCGAGCCAUCGUCUACGCCCCGCCCGUGGUCGUGACAUUCCCGGGGCCCAUCAUCAGCUCCUGCCCCACGGAGAGCAUCGUUGGGUCGUCCAUCCCCGAAAUCGGCGGGGGGAUGGGGUCUGGAGGGGGCGGGAUGGGAUCUGGAGGCGGCGGGAUGGGAUCUGGAGGAGGGAUGGGGUCUGGAGGUGGUGGGAUGGGGUCUGGAGGCGGCUCCUGCGGGGGUGGGAUGUCACGUCUGGAGAGCCUCUACCGCGGCUCCUAUUUCUCAGGCUACGGCAGGAAUUAUUAUCCCUAUUUUUCCCGAGGGUACUACAGGUAUCGCUACGGGAACUACGGGCCUUUUUAACCCUUUAAAGCUGAGGAAUGUCCACAGGAAAAAUAGGAUGCAAAGUAGUACUUGACGGCUAGGAAUUCCAAGCAGUCUCUGCUCCAGCUGAUCCGGCCGGAGCCGGGGUUGUUUGGAUCUUGUUGUGCUUUAUCCAAGGCUUAGGGUCCCGAUGUUCCCUCCCUUUGUCCCUCGCUCCUGUUGUGUUUUGUACUCCCUGAACCUGAAGAGUCAAACCAGUCAUGGGACUUGGCUGUGAAAGUGUCCAGGUGGAGAAGGAAUGUCUCGGAAUGACUGCUGGACUGGAGUCCAGGCCGAAAUGGGAAUGCUGAAAUGGGAAUUCUGACAUGGAGAUUCUGUUCUUUGUCUCUGUAGUGCCUCAUCCCACCUUUUGUUUGUAUUAAAGCCCUGUUGCAUCACA